AUGAUGAAGUACAUUAUACCUCACUUCCAAUUUGAAAUUAAGCCUGAGAUAAGAUCGAUUUUAUUGAUUUUAUCGAUCUUAUCUGUGAGUAUUGCUGUCAAACCCAUAUGGCGUACCCCAGUGACAAAUGUGAGGAAGAACGCUACAGCUCGUACGCAAAGAGCUUCGAAUUCCGUUCCACAAGAGGGAUAUGCCUCUCAAAAACAAGUCCCGUACUACACCAGGACAGAGGAUUUCAAGAUUCCAGAUUACCGUCCACCCAAACCCAAUGUCCCUGGCAGCGUAAACCCUAACUUCGUCUCGCAAUUCACUCCUGGUCAACAACCAUUCCAACCGCAACAAAGUAUUGUCAGCCCAGUGACAGAUCUUUUCGAGCAACAUUCGACUCGUGGCUGGUAUAAUCCUACAAGCACUAGCCCAGAAAGGUCUACCAACAUAGACCUGCCUACCUCUGGAAGAGAUAGAUUCGUGGAGCAGACAAGCUCUACGCAGUCCAUACUUGCCAUGGAGAUAAAUCCCUUCACCACAUCCUCGUCUUCUUCAACUCCCCGCCCUGCAGAAAACCCGGCCACCACCUAUAGAACCCCUUCACCAUCAGAAUCCAAUACUUAUGUGAUUGAAGACAUUACAAAAAAUUGGCAGGUCUUGGAAAGUGUGACCCCAUCGAAUGUAAGGACGACAUCGUCAGCUGCAGAAACGUCAGAUGAUAUUUAUGAUCACACCGAUAUAGUACAGGAUGAUGAAGAAGGCACCACGGUUGCAGCUCCUCCAAGGAAGGGUGAUUUGGAACAAGCAAAAACGAACUAUUUCCCCAGGCCAGCUACUACCCAGGUAUACCAGCCUCCGGGACACUUGCCCGAAGACUUUACUCGGCAUAUUGAUGUAAAUUUCCUCAAGCCAAAUCGUUCAUGUACAGGGCCUCUGUGUGGAGUUGACGCUGAUAAGGGUGAUGCAGCAAGGCUUGGCUAUAUUCCUCCAAAUCCAAAAUUGAUCUCCGACUUUACCGCUCCACCAGGUUCAACGGAAUACUACAACAACAGAUUUGUACCAAACCUCAACUAUCCACCUGCGGACACCUCAGGGCCCUUCCAAAAAGGAGAAAUCACAACGCCUGUGCCAUUCCGUGCCGAGAUAACACCCAAAGGUCCACAUGUCUUUAUGCCUCCUCAGAACUUUCCUGCUCCGCCCUUGCCCACAUUAGUUCAGCCAUCAGAGCAGACGAGAGAAACUACAAUCACUUCUACCUCAAGACCCAACACCCUGCCGCCGUUUGAAACAACAACGAGAUUCUCAGAAAGCACGCCGGAAGCGUAUACUGUUCCUCAGAUUCCUGAACAGUUCACAGACACUCAACCACCCGAAGAAGGACGUUAUACUACAUCGAAGACUUUCCCCUGGUCUCCCACAUAUAAGACUGUACCUCCAUCAACGCCAAGAGUUGAAACCGCAAGAACAACAACAGUAUCUACACCUCCGUGGACGCCACCUUCAGAAGCGCCAAGUACACCGUACACAAGGGCUCCUGAGACUACAACGACAACCUCAUUUACUCCAUUUGAGACCACAACAACUACCGUAGCAACAACUACUAGGCCAACAACUCAACGGAGUACAGAACAACCGACAUUGCCCUGGUGGGCUACGGAACUCACGCCUCCUCCAAAGCCAACAACUCGAUUUGAAUACAUUACUGAGGAGACGGAAGCGACAACUACAGAAUACUUUAGAAUCACGACACCAUCAGGGCCACCAGCAGCACCCACGACCUCACCCACUCCCGUUCCAACAUACACUUCCACAUUCUCAGAAACAACAUCUCAACGUCAAGGCACAACCUCUAAAACAGAAGUUAUGAAUAGGGUAAGAGGAAAAGUCCAUGUGAUCUGCAAAGAGGAGGGAAUUGAAUUCGGCGUUACCACAUUGUUCCCUUUCACUGGACAAAUAUUCGCAAAUGAUCGCAAACGAGUGCCGAGGUGA